GAGAAAGAGAAAGAGAGAGAGAGAGAGGUUGCGCUCUGGUGGGGUGGGAGAUGGGAGCGAAGCGAGGGGGAGGAGAGGAGGAGCGGGCGAACGAGAGCUCGAUGAUGCCAUCGCUGCUGUUCACCACCAUGUGUCUCAUUGGCCUCCCUGUCGAGGUUCAGGUCACUGAUGGAUCCAUCUUCUCCGGCGUCUUUCACACUGCCCGUCUUGAGCUAGGUUAUGGAGUUGUUUUGAAGAAGGCAAGGAAGAUUGUGAGGGGGAAUUCUGAGACAAACUUACCUCUUGGAGCUUUUGUGGACACUCUAGUCAUUCUUUCGUCGGACCUUGUGCAAGUAGUUGUGAAGGAUUUUGUACUUCCUGCUGAAGGGAUUGUCAGUGGUGUCAAUAGGAAUGAAGUUGAAACUGCCAGAGGAGUGCUUGAGUCUGGUGUUUGCAAUGAAGGUCUGGAACAAAAUUUUGGGAAGAUGGUGAUUAGAAAUAAUGCUACGUUGAGGUACCACGUGAAUGGAUAUUGCCUUCAUCAACUUUUGAUGGUACACAUGGAGCAGUGUUCCACUAAAGUGGAUGCAUGCAUUUCUCAAGCAACUUCUUCGUGUGAAAACCAUGUGGAGAUCUCGUCCAAGGUUCCAAAUGAAUCAGGCUCUUUUAUCCCUGGUUCAGGGCCUUCUAGGCGAGAAGGCUCUGAAAACAAUUCUUUGGCAGUGACCAACUCCCCCUCACCAGAUUGUCACAAUUCAACUGCUACAUCUCCCUCUGUUUCAUCUGUGGAUUCUAAGUUAUCUUUAUUUCCUGGUCAGUUAACAUCUUCCAAUCCGCCAGCUACAACAACCAACUUAGUUGGUUAUGAAAGUGUCAAGGAAUUUAAGCUCAACCCAGAAGCCAAAGUUUUUACACCUUCAUUUGCAAAUGCCCGACCAACACCCACAGAAAGGCCGACUUUGGCAAAUGCAUGCUAUUCCGAAAUUCCUUCUGCAGUCCCCAUGGCUGGUACACAACCAGGAGCUGAGUUAAACUCCUUUAUGAACACCCCAUCAAUGUUGACUAAAUUCAUCCAGUAUAAUAACUUGGUUGCUGGACCCAGUAACCUUGGUCAAUAUUCUGGGCAUAUUGCUGCUAACAUCAGGCAGCCACCGGUUAGAUUUGGCAGUCAGUAUCAUCCUCUUCAAUCUGGACCUACCUAUGUACAUCCAAACUCUCAAACGGUUAUGGUCAGCCGAUUGGGUCAGCUUGCAUAUGUGUCUCCGAUUUCUCGGGAUGUUGUUCAAGGAACACUUGCUCUGCCGCAAGGACUGCCGCAUCCCCUUUUAACUCCGUAUCAAGCUCAUGUCCCAAAGUUUCAAGGUACUUCAGCGCAGCCAUUGCCACUCUGUGUGACGCCUUCGCCACCUCUCAUAGCCAGUGUCAACCAACCUUUUCUGGUGCCAAACCAAACUCACUUCUCGCAUCCCUUCCCCAAUGUCAGAUCUAUUCCCCUCCCUGGAUCUAAUGGAAUUUUUGUCAGCAAGUUUCAUUGAGGGUUUAUUUUUAACCUCUGUGAAUUUUGACCAUUAUUCAAUUCUACAACAAGAAAGCAAAUCAUUCAACAAAGUCUGCUUGCUAGAAAGCUCAAGAAAUCCCCAAUUUUUCCUCACAGAUCUGAAUCUCACUCUGCAUUUGUCUGGCGCUGCUAACUUUUUUUUUUAGUCCAUGAUUGCAGCGGCCAUCACAGAUCAGUCUUGUUCUAGAACUCUUAAGCAAAAUAGUUAUUUGAUUUGCAGGAAAUGUACUCUUUGGAUUAAUAAGCAAAUAUUAUUUGUUAAUGUGAA